AUCCCGCGUGGCAGCGUGUUAAAGAGUUAAGACACGACGCAGCCGGGCAGACACUUCACUCCCGGCCCUCACACUCCACACACGCUGCUGCUGCCUGCCACUCUCCCUCUUCGCUGCUUUGCGCUCAUGGCGUACACACGGAUCUUGCUCCCGGCGCUCCUCUUCCUCCUCUGCAACAACUACUGGCAUUGCGGCCACGCGGCGCGGCCGGGGAAGCGCGCCGCGGAAUCCAACUCGCAGGUCAAGUUCGACUUCUCGCCCUUCCUGAUCGAGUACAAGAGUGGCGUCGUGAAGCGGCUCAUGGGCACCGACGUGGUGGCCGCGGCGGCCGACGCGCUCACGGGCGUCACCUCCAGGGACGUCACCAUCGACCCGGCGUCCGACGUCCGUGCCCGGAUCUACCUCCCGAGCUUCCGCGCCAGCACCAAGGUGCCCGUGGUCGUCUACUUCCAUGGCGGCGCGUUCGUCGUGGAGUCGGCGUUCAACCCCAUCUACCACGCCUACCUCAACACGCUCGCGGCCAAGGCAGGGGUGGUGGCCGUGUCCGUGAACUACCGCCUCGCGCCGGAGCACCCGCUGCCCGCGGCCUACGACGACUCGUGGGCGGCGCUCAAAUGGGUGCUCGCGCACGGGAACGGGAAUAACGGCACGGACGCGGACACGGACCAGUGGCUGUCCCAGUACGGCGACAUGUCCCGCCUCUUCCUGGCCGGCGACAGCGCGGGGGGCAACAUCGCGCACAACCUGGCAUUGCGCGCCGGGGAGGAAGGGCUGGGCGACGGCGCCGACGCGAAGAUCAAGGGCGUGGCGCUCCUGGACCCGUACUUCCAGGGCCGGAGCGCGGUGGGCGCCGACUCCAUGGACCCGGCCUACCUCCAGUCGGCGGCUCGCACCUGGAGCUUCAUCUGCGCGGGGAAGUACCCAAUCGACCACCCGUACGCGAACCCGCUGGCGCUGCCGGCGUCCUCCUGGCAGCACCUCGGCUGCUCCCGCGUGCUGGUCACCGUGUCCGGGCAGGACCGGCUCAGCCCGUGGCAGCGCGCCUACUACUCCACGCUCCGGAGCAGCGGCUGGCCUGGGCAGGCUGAGCUCUACGAGACCCCCGGCGAGGGCCACGUCUACUUCCUCACCAAGCUCAGCACGCCCCAGGCGCAGGCCGAGAUGGCCACCCUCGUCGCCUUCAUCAACCGCGACUAGCGACUGGCCCCCGCGCGACGACGGCCCGGCAGCAGCAGCCAGUAAUUGCAGCGCCUGCUGCUACUACUAGUAAACUACUCCGUAGUUGAGGAGGAAGGUUGUCUUGUUUUCACGUUCUUUUUGAGUCGAUUUCUUCUCUGUCGCUACGGUCUAGAGAACGAUAUACUCCUACGUUCCUAGGUUCCUCCCCAGCAACCGGCCGGACGGAGAGGGGGACCUCCGCGCUCCACCACCGAUCCAUCGCGUUUUUCAUUAACUACAGUGUACGUACGGUACGGCUGCCUCGCAACGUUAACGCAGCGGUUGGUCGUCGCGUGUAGUCACUACUGGUAAUUUCAGUACUAGUAGGGGUACCAUAUAUAUACGAUAGUAUAGUGUUUACCAACCAACUGCAGUGUGUAUUUUUGGUUGCCGCUAUGGUGAACGAACCGGCCGUGGUGAAUGAAGUGUGAUUUACGUAAUA